GUUUUACCUGAUCAUAUCCCAAAACAGCAGGUUUUUUCCUGGUUUGUUUCUUAAUGACAAGCUGUUAAAACACAGAGAACCUAUGAAACCUAGUAUUAUCCUCUGCUGCUUUUUUCUUCUAGUACACACUGCCGUCCAUCAGAAGAAAUAAUUAAUGGUUCUAUUAUGCAUGAAAGUGUCAUCCUGUCAGUUCAGCGACUGGCUUGAAUAGCUCAUAUCUGCCACUCAUUGAUGCCACGCGUGCUCACUGUCCUGAGAGAUGACAAAACACUACACCCGUUAGGAUUUUUUUUCCCCUCUCUCUAAAGCAGCAUUUCACAUCUCUGUCUGACAGAAGCAUGAGGAGCUGAGAGAGGCAGACCAUCAUUCUUCAGAAUAAUGUUGCAUGGAUUAAAAGUUAAGAUCUGAUGCCUACCGAUCCUGUAUAUUUCCUACAAAAAUCUAAAAUGUGGAGGCUAUCAAAACGUGAGGGGAAAUAAUUUUUCAGUGUUGGAAUAGCACCAGAAAACAGAUGGAAUUCACUGGAUAGCAAAUACUUAAAUGAUUUUUUAGAUGGGUGCUGAAUACUUGAGUUGACUGGGGUCGGUGCAUUUGCCCUUUUUUUAUGUUUUUUGGUUGGGAGGGAAAGAUGUGAAGUUCACAGGUCCUUUCUGUUACCUGAUCAGGACAGAAUUAACAAAAAUCCUGAAUGUAGAAGAACUCAGAUAUUGAAGAUACCUGGAAAUAAACUAGAAAAAACCAAUACCACAAGAGCAAAGCAGCAGUGAACAAGAAGACGCCGUGAAAAAGAAAUCACAAGACGAAAGUGCACAAUGCAUUUCAAAUAGAAAAAAUCUUCCUAUUUGCUGAGUGACUCUCAGUAUAUUCCGACAGAGCACAGACAAAGCUUCAGUCAAGUAUCUCCUAGAUGAGAACACGUUGAUGCAUGUGGUUCAGGAAUGAAGGUGUUUCGAAGAAGUAAACAUUGUUCUGAACAAGUAAUUUCCCCUGGGGUCAUCCUUCUUCACUUCCCUGGAACCCAGAGUGGUUUGGAUCAAAGUACACAAUGAAGAAAGUGCAACAGUGACCUCUUGCAUCCCACUUCAGUUACUCAACCACUAUUUACUCUAUCUCCAAAAGGAUGCUUCUGAGUACAGAAAACAGUAUGCAACAGUGCUAAGGUCCUGAUGACAAUACACCAAGGACAAGAAUGGAAGUCAAUUUAUUCAGCAAUUCUACUGUUGUAAACAGUUCAUCCAUCAACCAUAAGCAGUUAGAAGGGCAUAGCCUCUGGGAAGUCAUUACUAUUGCCACUGUAACUGCAAUUGUAAGCUUAAUAACCAUAGUGGGAAAUAUCCUUGUAAUGAUAUCUUUUAAGGUUAACAGUCAGCUCAAAACUGUCAACAAUUAUUAUUUGCUCAGCCUUGCCUGUGCAGAUCUUAUCAUUGGGAUAUUUUCUAUGAACCUGUAUACAUCCUAUAUACUCAUAGGCCAUUGGACUCUUGGAAGCCUCGCCUGUGACCUGUGGCUAGCACUGGACUAUGUAGCUAGCAAUGCCUCAGUAAUGAACCUCCUAGUCAUCAGUUUUGACAGAUAUUUUUCCAUCACAAGGCCUUUAACUUACAGGGCCAAACGCACACCCAAAAGAGCUGGUAUCAUGAUUGGUAUGGCUUGGCUGAUUUCCUUCAUGUUGUGGGCACCUGUAAUCUUGUGCUGGCAGUAUUUUGUGGGUGAACGAACAGUACCACCUGAAGAGUGCCAGAUACAGUUUCUAUAUGAGCCCAUCAUUACCUUUGGUACUGCAAUUGCUGCUUUUUACAUUCCUGUGUCUGUGAUGACCAUUCUGUACUGCCGCAUUUAUAAAGAGACCGAGAAACGCACCAAGGACCUCGCUGAACUGCAGGGCUCAGAGUCUGUGGCAGAGUAUGAGACAAUAAAGCCUCAGAAAACUCUCCUGAAGUCUUGCUUCAGCUGCAAGCAACAAAACUUAGUCAAAAGAGAGAGGUGCCAGGCCUCUUGGUCUUCAUCUAGCCGAAGUACAUCAGCUACAGCGAAGGCCUCCCAGGCAGCGAGUACGUGUAUGGACUGGGCUAAGGCUGACCAGUUAACCACCUGCAGCAGCUACGCAUCGUCGGAAGAGGAGGAUAAACUUGCCGCUGACUCAGUUUUCCAAGUAACUUACAAAAGUCCAUCUAAAAGUAAGGCAGAAGAGUAUAAUGAGACUACAGAUGUUGUUGUCAAAGACCAACCUGAAGAAAGUGAUUUUGAGAACCAGAAAUACUUUUUGUCACCUACCAAAGAACACGUACAAAAAAGUAAAAAAUGUGUGGCCUAUAAAUUCCGUUUGGUGGUUAAGGCUGAUGGCACCCAGGAAGCCAACAGUGGUUGCCGGAAAGUAAAAAUAACUCCUUGUUCUGCUGCUCUGUCAAAGGACCCUUCCAUCAAAAGCAUGGAUCCAAAUAUAAAUAACCAAAUCACCAAAAGGAAACGGAUGGUUCUUAUAAAGGAACGCAAAGCAGCACAGACUUUAAGCGCCAUUCUUUUGGCAUUUAUAAUCACAUGGACUCCCUAUAAUAUCAUGGUUUUGAUCUCCACAUUUUGCUCAGACUGCAUUCCCCUGACACUGUGGCACCUUGGAUACUGGCUGUGCUAUGUGAACAGCACUGUUAACCCCAUUUGUUAUGCCCUCUGUAAUAAAACUUUCAGGAAGACUUUUAAGAUGCUGCUUUUCUGCCAGUGGAAAAAGAAAAAAGUGGAAGAGAAACUAUACUGGCAGGGCAAUACCAGACUACCAUAAUCAUUCUUGUAUAAGAAAUAAGGAGAAAUACAGAUAUUGAUGUAACCUAGAAAAUUCUGUAUUUUCAAAGCCAUUGCUGUUGUGUCUAGUGGUUAAAAAAAUCUGCUGAAAAGUUAAAUUUUGCAUGAAAGUAGUUUGCUUGGGAUAAAAAUGUCACUGGCUGCUAUGAGCAACACAGAUUGUUUUUUACUAUGCAGUAGAAUUGCAUUACAAUUAUUGUGUUUGGUGUCUUGUGUCCUUUCUUUCAGCCUGAGAAAGAUGGAGUAAACUAUAAACUACUAGAAAUUAGACUGGGAUGAUCAUCCAGUCAUCAGGUUAAGUCAUUCAGUCUGUCUGCCUGUAGAGCAGAACUGUUUCUUUCUAUAGUUCUUUGCUAGUGUAUUGUUUAUUUAGUUUUCAGUGUUCCAAGCAAUGCAGCCUGUGCUACCUCUGUUUUGAGGCUUUACCAUCAGCCGUCGAGAUGAAACAAGGACUAUCUAAAGGGUAAAUGCUGUCAAUCCCCAAUACUAAAUGGUUAUGGAGAUUCAUAAUACUCCAAAUGAACACAUGCAUUAUAUGAGAAGGUAAUGCUGAGAAAAUUUCCACUUUAAGGAUGACUCUUGUGGAGACUUAGGAAGGCUCAUAGUGGAAGGGCUUAUAGUGGAAGAAAUAGAUAGUGUAUUUUGUAGAUGAAGAAACCAGUCCCAAUAUCAGUUCCAUCAAGCAAGUUACUGUCAUUUGUAAAAAUGGUGAUAGCUCCAGUUCCCGGUACCUGUGAAGGAAAUUUUAAAAUUUUAUUCAACGGUGACAAUGGUACAAAUCAGAAGUGACUGUAAAGCUAUCUUUAUCUAUCUACAACAUCUAUCUACAACGGUCUAUUUACAACACAGGGAAAGUCUUUUUUGCAAUCUCCUUUGUUGUGCUACACCUUGAUCCAAAAGUUUCCAUAAUGUUUACCUAUAUAUAAACAGUGAGAGAACUGGCAUCUUUUAAAGAGGAAAGAUUUUUUAAGCAAAUUUUUAAUGUUUCUGUAAAACUAUUCAAAACAUUUUGAAUUCUUUGUCAUUAGAUAGCUUUCCAAGUACUAGUCAACAUCAGGUGCUUGGAAACAUGAGUUAUCUUCAGGCACCCUCUUUUGGUCCAGCAAAACCACAUCUGCUACCGAUGUGCUGAAGUCAACACCCCUGGUGGCUGUGGCUUCUGGGACUGGGUUGUACUGGCCUAGUUAUGAGCUGAGGCUGACCACUGGCUGAGAUUUGAGAAGGCUCUUGGUGCCAGAGCUGACCUCCCUGAGCCUUCCUAAUGCCUGUGUUGUACUGGCAGGAGCCCUGCGGCGCUGACCGAGGGAGUGGGUAAGCAAGGGGCUGCCUUCAGCAGAAGGCCUUUGGAAUGGAGAUGGUGACCUCCUUGUGGUGGGAACAAACAAGAAGCUUCAGAAAAGGUCCAGAGAAAACAAAUUUAAUGGCAACAGGAGUCACGAGGUGUGGAAGUCCUAAAGAAAAAAGAAUGAGAAAGAUCUUCAUGUACACAAAGUUCAAAUUCAGUUCUAGCUUUUCUAUCAUAAUUCUGAGCGAGAUACUUUGGAAUAUUAGUUUUAGAUACUCUUCAUAUUAUAUCUGCUGUACACUUUAGUGGGACAUUGCAGUGGUGACAUUACCCAGUUGCACAUUUCAGGGAUUGUUUAAGUCAUCGUGAAUGUACCAUUGCUCUCCAUGAAAUUGUCUAUAAUGUAUUAAAUUAUCAUACCACCAGAAUUUUCUCCUACAGUUAGAUAAAUCCUCCAUGUCAACAAUCACAGUACAAGUAAUUAACAUGUUUUUAGCCCCAGUGUCCACAGGGGAAGAUUUUGUCAGUGAAAGAUUAGCAGUGUACUAAUGUAAAAAUAUGUUCUCUAAAGUCACAUGAUUGAUUUUGUAAUGCACCAUACUGGGCCUACUAUUUUUUGUGCAUUAGCAAAUGGUUACUUAUGGAAGGAAAGUAGAGGUCUUUAUAAAAACUCUUUCAUCAGCUUUGCUCUUUCACUAUCCAGAGCUUUUCCUGUGUACAGUAACUAUGUACAAAUUGGUUGUUAGAGUGGAUUUAUUUUAUAUUACAUCAAACCAGUCAUUCAGUAAAUUAUGUUUCAGCAAAUGAAUGUGUCUUUUUGGGGGCACAAGCUGUAAUUAAAGGCAAAAUUUAUGAGGUAGUAACAGCUUCUGCUAGCUGCACUGUUAUUGCUCAAAUGAAGCAUUGGCUCUUAUUGAAAUUAAAUGGAGUAUUUUAUGUUGUUUUUGACAUCUGUUGAUCAAGAAUGUUCUGUAAAUGUGUAUGGACUCUCUCCUCAGUAAAUGUAUUAGAAUACACAGUGAUGGAUGCAACAAUGUUGGUUCAAUGUAAUUGUGAAAUAUGUGCACAAAUUAUGCUGCUAACACCUAACCAUGUGAGAGAUUACAUGGCCACACAUGAGUACAUUGUAAAUAUCAAGAACUAUAUAAAGAGGUGUGCAUUACUUUAUUGUUAUGUAGGAUGCUUAUUCUUUAAAAAAAUCGAAACCACAAAAAGACAAAUUCGGUCCUCAUCAGAGUAUCAGUUAGUACUUGAUUGUAUUUUGUACCUUUUAAAGUGUUGUGGGACUUAUGGAGUGUAGGACAGACAAUCUUGUUAUCUUGUUAUCUGUCCAUUCAAUUACAUUUUUACUGAUUGUGUAAUUGAUUAUUAUCAUGGACUAAUGAAAUGCUUUUUGUAAAAUUA